CAGCACGAUACUUCAUCUAGCAGCUUGAUCGAAAUUAACCUAGGAUGUGAUGCUCACGAUACUUCACAUCAAUAUUUUGUUUUUGUUUCAACCUUUCUUAAACAUGGUACCAAUAUGGUACGUCAACGCUACGUUUCCAGACUUAUUAUGCAAUUAAAGAAAGAAAAUAAAUCUUUAUCGUGGAUUCGCGAUCCUUGCCUACCUUUUAGAGCCUCGGAAGUGAUAACGCAUGGCCAAAAAGAUAUCAAAGUGACCGGGUCCGGCAAUUUUGAAUACUGUCGUUCUUCUGUUUUACCACUCCUCAAUAUGACAUCCUAUUGUCGCACUAAAUUAUGCACCAUCAAUGGUAUCGCAUUACCAGAGUAUGCAUUUUGGGCAAAUGAAUUCUGGGGAUUAUCUGCUUAUUAUUACACACUUGAAAGAACACUAAAAAUUGAGAAUAAUUAUAGUUUCGAAAAACUAAAGGCUCGGGCAGCAACUUUCUGUAGUAGGCCCUGGCAAUCGAUAGCGAAAGAUCAUGCAAUUGGAAGAUAUGGCAAUGUCAAUCAAAAUAUUUUAAAACACCAAUGUUUCAAAGCUGCCUGGAUAUCUGCUGUCCUACAUGACGGGCAUCACUUUCCAAAGAAAGAUUUCAAUUUUAAAUUUUCCAAUUUAAUCAAGGGUAGAGUAGUACAGUGGACACUGGGAGCUCUUUUACACCGUGCCAGAUUUCUUCCACUUAGGUAA